AUGGCAGCUACAAGUUUCAAGAUCAGUGAUCUUGUCAGCAAGCUGAGUGCUGAAGACGUGGGCCAUGGGGACUCUGAGGUAGCGGAUGAAGGAUGCGACUGCUCUCUACACGGACAAGAAGGGCCCCUAAGAAGCAUCCGUGGACCAAGGGAUAGAGCUCAUGACCAGUCGAAUGUUGCGUUCGCUACCAGUGAAGUAUCAAUACGUGACAGCUGGGUCAUGGACAGCGGAGCAUCGGCACAUAUGUGCAAGGAUCGUGAUGCGCUCGAGGAGUACACGGAAGUGCAACAUUCGCGCAGCAUGUCAAGCGCGAAGAGCGACGUAAAGCUCUAG